AUGAGAAGGGUACAAACAAUUUUUGCAUUUUUUUUUUUUAUAAUUUUUUGUUGUUUAAUAAAACCGAGUACGGUUAGCAUAUUCUGUGAAAUUAUAAGUGAUGAGGAUGUAUAUACGAACACAUUAAAAGGACAAAACUUCAGCAAAGAAUUUAUAACCCUAUUUGACAGCAAGGAUGUCCGCGUGACCAUAGAAAAAUUAAUUAUAGAAGAACAUGUAAAAUAUUACAUUAGCAAAGUGAGAAAAAGCGAACAUAAUAUUAUUAAAACGAUUGAGAAAUUAUUGGUGAGGGAAUUUCCAUCCACCAUUGGACUUAAGGAAGAUAUUGUAAAAAAUGAACUGCUGAAAUUUUUAAGUAUUAUAUUUACAAAGCAGGAAGAUGUUGUGAAGAAAUUUUUUGCUCAACUGAAUAAAAACUCCUUUGACAUUGGAGCCAAUUAUCGCCAUUUUGAAAGCAAAUUUUUGGAUGAAUAUGAAAAUAUUGAAAAUUUAAAAAAAACUUAUUUUUCCAUUUUUAACCAAGUAACUGAGUCGCUGAAUAGUACCAAGACGAGUGAAGAUAACAAAAGCAGUGUGUACUUCAUAGACAUCAAGGAUAGAGUUCUCUCCAAUGUAGCAUCACUUAAGGAUACCUUGGCAAAGCUCAGAGGAGGAGUUGUCGCGCUGUAUAAUAUUAACUACGGACUGAAUGAGCUGAAGAAUGAGGUGGAUGUGUAUAUUUCAAAUUUUCGAAGCGCUCAGCAGGGCGAAGAGGGCGGCGUCCCUGUCGGUGUGGACCCGGUCAAUGGCAAAGAAAGCGAAGUGAACGUGCUGAACCUGGUGGAGGAUGUGGCAUCCAAACUGAUGUUUAACCUGCGAACGAAAAUUUCCAGCACGAGAGAUGAACUGCAGAAAAGGCUGACCACUCUGGAGAAGGAGCUAAUCGAUCUGUCCAAUGAGAUCACCCGGUUGGACAUUCAGCAGAAUGUGCCCAAGCUCUCCAUCGUAAAGAACAACAACUUCCUCAACAUUGAGAGUAUACGCAGUGAGUAUGAGGAGUACGUGAACAAAACGGAGACCGGCGGGGAGGCUGCAGACGAGGGGAGCAGCGGCGUAAGCGGUAUUAGCGGUAUUAGCGGCGUAAGCAGUACCAGCGGCGUGGGCGGCGUGGGCGGCGGGAGCGACGGGCCCGUGUUCGAGAAAACCCUGCAGCUGCUGGAAAAGCACUCCCUCUGGGUGAAGGAGCAGGACGCCUUCACCUAUUGCGAGCGGGAUGACAUCGCGGAAGUUCUGAAGAUCUGCCUCAACCUCGUGGAGAAGCUCAGGGAUCUGGUCAUCCACGAAAAUUUCAAUUUGCUAAUGAAGUACGAAAAUUUGUAUAAAGAGCUGAACAAAUUUCUGUACCAUUCGAGGAGCAGCACGCUGGACCUCUCCUACAUGAAGGCGUGGUAUUCCAUCGAGAAUUACAAAGGCACUGAGAUUCUGAUUGACGGAGUGGACAGGCUACUGCGCAUGAUUAGCAUUCUAACGCAGAUGAUUAAACUUUUUAAAGAAGCCAAUAAGAAUAUGAACCCAGAUGUGUUUUUUAACCUGAAUAGAUUAAGUAAUGGGUUUCACAAUGCAGCAAAGAAAGUGACUCUAUUUAAGAUGGAGAUAGCCAAAUUAAUGCACCCUCCACAUAGCCUACAAGUUAUAAAAAAUAAUAUUGAAAAGUUUGGACAUGUGUAUAAGGAUAACCUCACCAAGAUGAAGGUAAUCACCAACUCGUUUGACAUUGCCUCUGGAAAUAUGCAAACCGAAAUUGAUGAAAUUUUAAAAAUUGUAAGUACCAUGAUUCAGGCAGAUAGUUUAAUAAGCGAAUUUAAAAAGGUUAGGAGUGUAUGGAAGGGACAUGUUAAACGGACUCUGAAGGAACUGAAUGAGAAGAAGGGCCUUCUGAUUAGUGCGUAUAGAGGGAAUAGAAAUGUGAUUUUCCCCCCUGAAAUGGACCUUUCAAGGCCUCACCUCUCAAGCAGUGGUGGGCUGAGGAACGCGCUGAGCAGCGUAUUGAGCGGCGCACUGGGUAGUGCGCUUAACUUCGGGGGUAACCGUAAUGGGAACGCCAUUAAUAAGAGCACCUUGGAGUCGCCCUACUUUUCUAAUCUGUACAAAAGCGUCAUAGACAAAUUCGACACGAUGAAAAACGAAAAAGAAAUGAAAAGGCUCUUCUCUGUUAUAUAUCGAUCGGUGGACAUCAUCAUACAGAUUAUUAAAGACAACAGGAAGCAGCUGAACCAAGAGUAUAAGAAAAAGCGCAAGGACAUCAUCAAUUUGGUUAACUAUAGGAACGACUCGCGAGCGGACAUGACGAAUGUGUAUAGCAAGUUGGUCGAGCUGGAGGGGGACUUGGUUAGGAAUUUACAAAAAUUAUUUUUAAAUAAAGUUAAUUUGAAUAAGCAGCUGGAACAUUCUGUGGAGAUGACCAAGGCGGACCUCUUCAAGGACAAGGUGCCUCCCUACUGCAAUCUAGUGGAACAGUUCAUUUCGAAAUAUUUUCUGACCAUGGUCAGGUGGAAGAGGCUCAUAAACAGCAACAGGAGUUUAUUCCCCCCCGAGUUGAUAUCGAAGGUUGUGGAGUAG